GCGUGAUAUUUAUUCUGUCAAAAUAUAUUUUAAUAAAAUUCAAUUUUCACUUCGCCAAAAAGAGAAGAAAAAGAGAUUUAUAUCUAAGGACGUAAUAAAAAGAAGAAGGCGUUGAUUAAAUUCAAAAUGCCUUUGAGAACUUAUCUGUUGAACUUUGCCUAUAUUCUUGGUAGUUUCACAUUUGUUGCGGUUUCGUUGUCCUACUGUUUAACUAACAGAGGGGAAGAUUUGGAUUUUGGAUGGUUCUUAAAAAACGCAACCCCCUAUUUGUGGGGAUUCUUGGGCGUUGCUUUUGCUGUAGCAUUUUCGGUAGCUGGUGCAGCAAUGGGAAUAUUUGUCGUAGGCGUAAGCAUUGUUGGUGGAGGUGUGAAAGCCCCUAGGAUCAAGACGAAGAAUUUGAUAUCCAUUAUCUUCUGCGAAGCCGUUGCGAUCUAUGGACUUAUCACUGGAAUCAUUCUUACAGGCUAUAUAAAUAAAUAUGAGUACGACGCCACUGAUAUGGAAAUGAAAAAGUAUUUAUAUUCUGGCUACAUAAUCUUUGGAGCGGGCAUCACUGUCGGUCUAGUCAACAUGGCUUGCGGCAUAUCAGUCGGUAUUGUUGGUUCAGGCGCGGCACUGGCUGACGCAGCGAACGCAACACUUUUCGUCAAAAUAUUGAUCAUUGAGAUCUUCGGCUCUGCUAUCGGAUUGUUCGGUUUGAUCGUGGGAAUCUAUUUGUCUUCUAAAGCACAGAUGAAAUAGGAUUAUGUGGCAAUUAUUUGAUAAAAA